AUGGAGAAAACCGGGGCCGUGAAAAUGCGCAGUUCAAUCGCUUGUGCGCGAUGUCGAAAAUCAAAGGUCAAAUGCCUCAACAAUGGUGUAAACACACCGUGUCGUGCUUGUGAGGCUACUGGGCGAGAAUGCACUUAUCCACCUCCUGCAGUACCUGGAAGCUCACAGGCGCACACUCUCGCCCCCGCCUCGGCGACGGGGUCCUAUUCGUCUCCGUCAAACUCGAUACAUCACGGUGCUGUUAAUGGAUCGCAUGGAAUAGGAGGUACUGGCCAGGAGAAACCAAGAUCGAGACCGAAAAAACCUACAACAGGCCUUCAACAUCCGUACACAACAGCGGUACAAGCAGCCUACCCUCGUGAUGGGUCACAAAGACCUUUGGCGGAGGCACUGGACCCCAACGUGCUCACACCUACUGUCUGGUCCGGCAUAUAUGACCUUCUUACAAUGCAUUAUCCGCAUCUUCCGAUUCUUCAUCGACCCACAUUUUUAAGACCUUUAACAGAAGCUCCAGCCGACGCAGAGGCUGCCCACAUUGCGACCCCACCUGCAAACAGCACGUCCGCGACACCCCCUCCAUCCCCCUCACCUUUGGUCCUCCUCGGCGUCCUUACACUUACCGCCCGGUUUUCGUCACAACUUAUCAAGCAUCACAAUACAACGGCUAUAAAUACGUCCGAAUACUAUGCCACUGCUUUGAAGUCUAGGCUGAUGACCUUGAAUCCGCACGCGAACGAUCCAGACGAUGAUGGUUUCCUUACACCAACUGUAGCAAAAGUGCAGGGGCUAAUUAUGUUAGCUGUCCACGAGCUUGGACAAUCGCAUGGUAAAAGUGCUUGGCAAUGGCUUGGAAUUGCUGCUAGGAUGUGCCAGGUCUUAAACUUACCCCCGAAAACUCCGAAUCUUGUUAAAGGCUGGAUUGCUGAAGAAUCGGAGCGGCGAACGUGGUGGGCGGUGGUAAUGCUCGACAGAAUGUUGAGCAAUACGGGGGGAAGCGGCGGAAGGGCAUUUACAUAUGGUUGGGAGAGAGUGCGAGGGGUCCCAUUACCGUGUUCCGAAAGGUCUUGGCUUUUUAGCGAAAGAAUUACGGCAGGAGUCCUCGAUACACCGAUUUUGGAUCCCAUUGCUACCACAUCGACGUUUAAUUCCGAUGGAUCUGGCGGCCACAAGAACGGGGUUACGGAUCCCAUAGUCGAAUUCCCCAAAGAAGAGGAGAGCGUGCAUGCUCGGCUUAUUCGCCUAGUUGAUAUAUGGGGCCGAGUAACGAUAUACUUGUGCAAUCCAUCGACCUCACUUUCGACGGCGGAAACACUCGGACAGGAAUUAGAACGUUGGAAGGCAGGGCUCCCCAAGUCUCUUGCCUACAGUCAUAAAAAUCUCCUCGCGCACGUCGCUGAACGUUCUUCUUCGUCAUACGCUCUUCUACAUAUCAUAUACUUUCUAUCAAUACUUCUGCUCCAUCGAGAGUCUCUCCCGGUUUUGCCGCCAGCGAGCCCCAUUCCAACCACUCCAAAUAAAUGCUUCUCAGCUGCUCGGAAAAUAACAGAAAUUGCAAGAGAAAUGAGUACGUGGCUUUCACUGCCUCUGACUCCAAUUAUAUGCUUUGCAAUAUAUGCGACUGCGUGGGUUGGAACUUAUGGGCUUCAUUAUCCUCACAUGACUGGCCCUCCAGGUAACGGAAUGGGAAGCAGAGAUCCUACAUUUUUACUUUGCAUCAUUGAAAGCUGGAGAUCAAAAUGGCGUGUUGCAGACGGCUGGGUCAGGGCGCUCGGCUCUCUUCAUUCAUUCUUGAGAAGGAAGAGAAAGGCAGCGGAAAUUGCGGAUAUGGCGUCUAGCCGUAAGAGACGACGUUCUGUCGGAAGUGAUGAUAUCGCUUUACCAGAGCCUCAGUCUGCUACCCCAGGAGCUGAAGAAGCAGCGACCCUCAAUGAGGAAAUGAAAAUAUUCAAUAAAACAAUAACCGAUUUCCUAACUUUAUCUCUUGGAGGCAGUGGAGGCUCAUCUCGGGACGGACACCGCCAAACGAAACGUUCGAAGAGUCAUAUUGGCUCUGGGGGUGCUGGAUCGGACACGGAGAUGCAAAAUGCACCCUCGACCUCUGUCCCGGUGCCGAGUAUCCCCUCCAUUAGCACACCAGUCCCCGGCGACUCCUGGGUAGCAGUAAAUAGGGACCCUAACCGUGCCUUACACGGGCUUUUAGCCGCGGCCCAAGCCGGUGAGAGUAGCAAGGAUCAACUUCACCAACGUUCAGAGCCACCAUCAAAUGUACCAACGCCCCCAACAAGCAACCCAUUAAGUUGGAAUUCUGCAGAAACGGCGAUAGCGCAGCGAUCGACAGCAUUUUCACACUCUGAUACAAUGCUACCGGAAAACACACCGUCGAAAGCAGAGCAUCCAAGUGACCCCAACAACUCUGGGCCUCAAGCACCAGGAUCCCAAGCACCAGGAUCCCAAGCAAUUCAGCAUGCAGAGUCAAAUGGAAGCACUACCUCGCCAGGCCAAGUAGUCGUUGAUAAUCAUGGCCCAAGCUCCAUUCAGGAUGUUGCCAAACCUGGCUCGGUGUCGGACUCAUCGGAAAUCCAUGAGAAAGAUACGAUUGCAUUUGAAGGGUGGGGCAUCCUUGGGCUCGCAAAAGUUGACUUGGUUGGGUUCACUGAAGGAAAGGUAUGGCAAGAUUGGGCCUGUGGCCAGCCCGGAUGGUUUGACGCAAGCCACGUGAGUGGUCGUUUAGCUGAAGGAGACGCAGAGUAA